UCGCAGUAAGACCCACCUCCCUUCCCAAACCUCUAUCUGACCUGAAUUACGAGUUUAUGUGUCUCUCUCAACGCUUAUUUUCCUCUUCCCUUUGUCCAGCUGCGCAAAUUUAAAGCAGAUGUUUGUGAUUAAGUUGAAGCAAGCUCUCUCUGCCAGGAAGGUGAUACAACAUAACAUCUCUCUCCAAAUGAUGUUUUUGUUUUCAGGUGAAAAGGAGGGGACUCAGUCAGCACACCUUCGGACCGGCGUACUUCCUGCAUCUACCGCUGUGAUAUAUAAAAACCCGGCGCGCAGAACGGCAGCCGAAGUCCUCGUAUAGUUUGACUAGUCUAGGCUACUGCUUGAACUGAGCAUCAUCUCUCUCUCUCUCUCUCUCUCUCCUCCCGUCUACUAUUCUAACUGGAAGGUUGGAAGAGUGUCGCCUGGCAACGCAGGUACAAGAUAAGGCUGAAAAGGAGAAGAUUAAAUCCAGACUUCACAUACAGCAUUUGAGAAAUCUGAAAAAGAAGAAAACAUGAAUGCUCCGCACUUUUCCAUAGACUUGCUGCUGUUGUGCAUAUCUUGCGGAGCAAGUGUAUUGGCAGCCAACUCUCCCACCGUGUCCUCGACGCUGCCAGCCACCAAUUUCACCGACCUUGGCUCAGCGUUCAGCUAUGGGGAAGCAGACAGCAAGAAUAUUAUUCUGACCAGGAAGAAGCGUUAUAUUUCACAAAACGACAUGCUUGUCAUUCUCGAUUAUCACAAUAAAGUAAGAGGGAAAGUUUUCCCUCCGGCGUCCAAUAUGGAGUACAUGACGUGGGACGAGACCCUGUCUAAAUCAGCUGAGGACUGGGCCCACGCGUGUCUGUGGGAGCACGGACCUCGACACCUCCUCAGGUUCCUGGGCCAGAACCUCUCGGUCAGGACCGGACGCUACCGCUCUAUUCUCCAGUUAGUGAAGCCCUGGCAUGAUGAAGUGAAGGACUAUGUGUUCCCUUACCCCCGGGACUGCAACCCCAGAUGCCCCCUUAAAUGCUACGGACCCAUGUGUACACAUUAUACACAGAUGGUUUGGGCCACAACAAACAAAGUCGGCUGUGCUAUACACACCUGUCACAAUAUGAACGUGUGGGGGAACGUGUGGAAACGGGCAACAUUCUUAGUGUGUAACUAUUCAUCUAAAGGGAACUGGAUCGGAGAGGCACCCUACAAAGUAGGCGUCCCAUGCUCCGCCUGUCCCCCGAGCUACGGAGGCUCCUGUUCCAACAACAUGUGCUUCCCAGCCCUCAACACAAACUAUCUGCAGUGGUUCAAAUAGAGCCAGGAGUCCCUGUCCAGACUAAGCCUGCGUCCCAAAUCACACCCUAUUCCCUAUUGCCAUUUGGUGCUAACACGCUGACCCCCGACCCCAACACAGAGACUUUUCCCCUUGAAGGAUUAUUUAAGAUUAAAGCAUACAUUUAUAAUAAUGUGUACAUAGAAUUCAUGUUUUUUUAUUUUACAGAUUUUCCAGAUUUUCUUUUUUUAAAUGAAUGAUUAUCAUAUGAUGAAUUAGAUUGAUUGAUUGACACAGUCGGAUGAUAAUUUAUCUUGUGGAGUAUGUUUCCUGACAGUGUUACAGUAUAAUGGGUUUACCAUUGGUCAUGUACCCAUAGAAUGUGGACACGCAUGGAUGUGCCUCACGAUGGGUCAAAUGGAUACAAGUUAUUGACAUUUCAACACUAACGGUAGCAAGCAACAAUAGUUUUCAAAAGUGAUUGUUAACUAACUUUUACAUUUUUUGGGGGGCUUGCUUAGCUAAUCAUCUUGGCUAACUGUGGAGAGAAAUAAUUCACCCAUAUACCGUUAAUUAGGGCUCGAUUCAAUCUGUACCAAUUCUAUGGCGUAAUAGACAUUUAAAAGCAAUGUGAGGGGAGUUUAUUUUUUAAAACUAGGCAAGUCAGUUAAGAACAAAUUCUUAUUUUCGAUGACGGCCUAGGAACAGUGGGUUAACUGCCUGUUCAGGGGCAGAAUGACAGAUUUGUACCUUGUCAGCUCGGGGAUUUGAACGGGCAACCUUCUGGUUACUAGUCCAACGCUCCACUAGGCUAGCCUGCCGCCCCGGAGUGAGCGGAGACCGCGUUCACGGUAAACACUGCAUAUGUCGGCUCAUUCAGAAAUUAUCUUUAAAUUUCAAUUGCGAAGUAACUCUGAACUUUAGUGAUUCAGAUUGAAUCGACCCCUUAGCCACUACAAAUGUCUCUUAGCUAGCAAACGCAACGCUGUGUCCUAAACUGCACGGUGUCUCCAGCGAUGCUUCCCUUUUCUGUCUUUUAUAGUGUGCUGCGUUAUAACACACCUUGCAAUGAAUCCCAGCAUGUGUCAAUGGUGCUGAAGGCAUUACACACAAUGUGUAGGUUAUGCCUUGUCAUGGUCAGAAGAACAUGGCCUCAGGUCUCAGACCUCAACUACCAUGAAGCACUCAACCACUAGGCUACCAAGCCACAUAGCAACUGAAGCUAACCCAACAGCCUACCAAGCCACAUAGCAACUGAAGCUAACCCAACAGGCUACCAAGCCACAUAGCAACUACAGCUAACCCAGCAGCCUACCAAACCACAUAGCAACUGAAGCUAACCCAGCAGCCUACCAACCCACAUAGCAACUGAAGCUAACCCAGCAGCCUACCAAACCACAUAGCAACUACAGCUAACACAACAGCCUACCAAGCCACAUAGCAACUACAGCUAACCCAACCAGUAGGUUACCAAGCCACAUAGCAACUACAGCUAACCCAGCCAGUAGGUUACCAAACCACAUAGCAACUACAGCUAACCCAACAGCCUACCAAACCACAUAGCAACUACAGCUAACCCAGCCAGUAGGUUUCCAAACCACAUAGCAACUACAGCUAACGCAACCAGUAGCUUUCCAAACCACAUAGCAACUACAGCUAACCCAACCAGUAGCUUUCCAAACCACAUAGCAACUACAGCUAACACAGCCAGUAGGUUACCAAACCACAUAGCAACUACAGCUAACCCAACAGCCUAUCAAACCACAUAGCAACUACAGCUAACCCAACCAGUAGGUUACCAAACCACAUAGCAACUACAGCUAACCCAACAGCCUACCAAACCACAUAGCAACUACAGCUAACCCAACCAGUAGGUUACCAAACCACAUAGCAACUACAGCUAACCCAACAGCCUACCAAGCCACAUAGCAACUACAGCUAACCCAACAGCCUACCAAACCACAUAGCAACUACAGCUAACCCAACAGCCUACCAAGCCACAUAGCAACUACAGCUAACCCAACAGCCUACCAAACCACAUAGCAACUACAGCUAACCCAACAGCCUACCAAACCACAUAGCAACUACAGCUAAACCAACAGCCUACCAAGCCACAUAGCAACUACAGCUAACCCUACCAGUAGCUUUCCAAACCACAUAGCAACUACAGCUAACCCAGCCAGUAGGUUUCCAAACCACAUAGCAACUACAGCUAACCCAACAGCCUACCAAACCACAUAGCAACUACAGAUAACCCAGCCAGUAGGUUUCCAAACCACAUAGCAACUACAGCUAACCCAACAGCCUACCAAACCACAUAGCAACUACAGCUAACCCAGCCAGUAGACUACCAAACCACAUAGCAACUACAGCUAACCCCACCAGUAGGUUACCAAACCACAUAGCAACUACAGCUAACCCAACAGCCUACCAAACCACAUAGCAACUACAGCUAACCCAACAGACUACCAAACCAUAUAGCAACUACAGCUAACCCAACAGCCUACCAAACCACAUAGCAACUACAGCUAACCCAACAGACUACCAAACCACAUAGCAACUACAGCUAACCCAACAGACUACCAAACCACAUAGCAACUACAGCUAACCCCACCAGUAGGUUACCAAACCACAUAGCAACUACAGCUAACCCCAACAGACUACCAAACCACAUAGCAACUACAGCUAACCCAACCAGUAGGUUACCAAACCACAUAGCAACUACAGCUAACCCCAACAGACUACCAAACCACAUAGCAACUACAGCUAACCCA